UUGGGGGUCUGGGAAGCUCUCAAAGAGGCAGCACUCCGUUAAGCCACCGUGCUUGAAAGCAACCCUUAAGCCUUGGUCGGAAUGCCAACAUUGUUUUGGGUUCGUUUUUGUUUGGGGGGGGGGAUGUAGGAAUUCCCAGCAUCAAAGAUUGCCAUAUAUAUUUAGUGUUUCACAGUGAAAACCCUUCCCUCUGCUUUGCUGAAGCAGAAGGGUUGCCUUGAUCUCAGCGGCACCUCGGCAAAGCUACCAGCUCUCCACUGUCCCACCCCGGAAUAAUUCACCCCGGGAGAUCUUCUCCGCCCAUUCCUGGUCCACGCCCCACAAACCGGAUUCGGGCGCGCUUCAGCUCCCAAAUCAGCGCCAGCCGCCGAACCAUCACCAGCGCCUCAAGGUCAAGGAUGAAGCCCAAUGCAGAGCCGGAGCGCCCGCCACUGGUUUAUGUCCAGGGGGUUGGCAUGAUCAAGACGUUUGCUGAUGUCUUGGAAGAGGUGAAGGACUUCCAAGUUCAUCCGGGGGACUUGCUGAUCUCCACGUACCCCAAGUCUGGAACUACCUGGGUGAGCCAGGUCAUCGACCUGAUCUAUAAAGAAGGCAAUGUGGAGAAAUGCAGCAACGAACCCAUCUACCAGAGAGUCCCUUUCUUGGAGUUUGCUGUUGAAGGAGUUCCCAAAGGCAUUGAUCUGCUCAGAAAAGCACCUCGGCCGUGUCUAAUUAAAACACACCUUCCGGUCCAAUUGCUUCCAAAAUCAUUCUGGGAAACGGAUUGCAAGAUGAUCUACGUGGCCAGAAACGCCAAAGAUGUGGCUGUCUCGUAUUAUUACUUCUACCAAAUGGCAAAAGUGCAUCCAGAUCCUGGAACGUGGGACGAAUUCCUGGAGAAGUUUAUGGCUGGAGACAUCUCUUUUGGAUCCUGGUACGACCAUGUCAAAGGCUGGUGGGACAAGAGGAAUGAACAUAAGAUGCUCUACCUUUUCUAUGAAGACUUGAAAGAGAAUCCUCAGCGGGAGAUCCGAAAAGUAAUGGAAUUCCUGGAGAGGCCCCCUGAUGACCGCCUGGUCGAGAAGAUUGCUCACCACACCUCCUUCAAAGAGAUGCAGAAGAACCAAAUGGCCAAUUACACAAGCAUCCCUGCCACGAUUAUGGACCACAGUAUCUCCCCUUUCAUGAGGAAAGGAAUCACUGGCGAUUGGAAGAACAAGUUCACAGUGGCUCAAAAUGAGCGCUUUGAUGCCGAUUACAAGAGGCAGAUGGAAGGAACGACCCUGCACUUCCGGACAGAGAUUUGAUCUCUCUGACUUCCCUUUUUGGAUUGUAUACUGUUUGGUGCCAGGAGAACACCCCAUGUUGUCUCUGGAAGAUGCCACCAUGUGCCUUGAUAGUGUAAAGACGAAGAUCAAGCCAAGAUGCCUUCAUGACCCCUUCAAGAAACAGCCAGUUUCCCAAAGUGCUGCUAUGUAGUUUUUCCAGCCACUGUGUAGCUUUGGAGCUGUCACUGCUUAUCAGCCUGUGUCUAGAACAACCACAAACUAAUGUUCAGCUCAAUUUAUAGCUCAGUAAGCUGUGAAUCCUUGACCUCCCUUCCUAGACAGUAGAUGCAGGAAGGAGUUCAAGAAAAUCUGGUUGUUACAUUCCAAAAGGAACGUCUCUUUUUUGCCUCUCUCUCUUUUUUUCUUUCUUUUUUUUUUUUUUGGUCUCUUCUCUCUCUAUCCUGCUUUGACCCUGGAGAGCCUUUUUAAAAAUAGAACGAUCUGGUCUCAAAGAAGCCCACUUUUUAUAGAAUUUUAGCAAAGACAUAUAUUUUGCAUUACUUAAGCAGAGUACAUGACAUGCACUUAAAAAACCUUCCCAAAUCGUCAGGUUGAUACUCUGCUCAUAUCUUGUAUUCCCACCAUUAAUAAAUACUUUUAUUGAAAA